AUGCUAAAAGACGAAGAACGAAUUGCGCCUUUGUCAGCAGAGUCUCUCCAGAAAGUCAAAGCGUGGCUGAGCCCCACAGACUCAGAUACUCCAGCCAGCGAGUAUAAAAAGCAUCUCAACUCUCAUGCCGCGGGAACCGGCGAAUGGAUAUUGGAAACAGACCAAUACUGCCAAUGGAGUCAACCCAAAGUUGGAAAUCUCUGGAUCCGAGGCAUUCCUGGCUGUGGAAAGUCAGUCGUUGCGGCGAGCUUCAUCAGUCGCUUUCGACGGAUAAAAGAUGGUCCUGUUUUGUUUUUCUUCUUUCGCGAGAUCAUCCAGGCAAAUCGAUCCCCUCGGUCGCUGAUGCAGGAUUUUUGUCAUGAGAUGCUGGAGUAUUCCCCUUGGCUCCAGUCACAGCUGAGUCAAUUACAGACGCAGCACUCAUCCGUUGAAUCGGUGCCAUAUGAGAAAUUGUGGAAAUGCAUGGCGACCGCUAUGGGAUCCAUCGGAAAGGUCCACUGUGUGGUUGAUGCACUGGAUGAAAUGGAACAAGGGAAUGAUCAAUUCUUCCAAGAUCUUCUCGAUCUAGGCCGCCCAUCUUCCGGUUCAAUCAAAUUGAUUCUUACCAGUCGCCAGGUUCCACAUGUGGAGAAGCAUUUGAAGGGUACCUCUUUGGUUGAUCUACGUCUCGAUCGUCGCAAUGUGGAUCGCGAUAUUGCUGUUUACAUCACACAGCGAUUGAGAGAUGCCCAUCUAGAUCUUCCCCAAGAGAAGAUCCAGGAAGUUAAACAAGCAAUUUGCGAUAGGGGACAAGGCCUGUUUCUCUAUUCCAGACUCAUGUUGGACCAGCUGUUACUGCACCCGGAGUCCAUGUUAGUCAACAUCAAGACCCUCCCAGACGGUCUUGGGGACAUGUAUACAGAGCUUCUUCGUGACCACGCCGCUCGCUCGGGAACCUCGACUGCAUUCCAACAGUUUAUUCUCCAAUGGAUCACCCAUUCUGCCCGGCCGAUGCGCCUCCUUGAAUUAGCUGUCAUGGUUGAUUCUCUUCUCGACCGUGGUGGACUCAGCGAAGACCAAGACGCAAAACUUGCUAUUCGAACAACAUGUGGCCCUCUUUUAGAGAUUUGUGAAGAUGGGGUAAUUCAAAUUAUCCACCAUUCACUGACUGAAUUCGUUCUCGAUCGAGAUGUGACCCAUACGCAAAUGUCCAACAACGAGCGCGAAUUUUCUGGAUUCCAUGCUCCUACAGUACACGGAAUGAUAACCAGGAUAUGCAUCAACUAUCUUUCCAAUGGUUGUCUAGAUGAGUUUGACACCAAGCCGAAGCGGCCCAGUGAAGACGAUGAGUGGUCCAAUAGAGAAUUCGCACUGCGGUUCUACUUCCUCCGCUAUGCAGUUGUGGAAUGGCCCCUUCAUGCAUCCAAAGCAGUCGAAUUCGAUGGUGAGCUGCUACCUUUCCUCGACGAGUUCUGCACAGAUGGAACUCACAGCUACGAGGCUUGGAAGGUAUUGUGGCCAUUCUUUGACCGCCAUGUACCUAAGAGAGGAACAUCCCUACACAAUGCUGCAUAUUGUGGAAUUCCUGCCUUCGUCAGAUACCUCAUCCGCAAAGGAGUGAGUCCUGACUCCGUUGACUUCAAUAAUACUGCGCCAAUUGAGUCUGCUGUGGAGAGAAAUCACGCUCAGGUCAUCACUUUACUGCUGGAGCAUGGGGCAAAACCUGACAUGGGUCGUCAGAAAGACCUGGUGCUUUAUGCAACCAAGUUGAAUCACCCCAAGUCCUUGCGCGCACUGAUAGAUGGAGGAGUUGAACUCAAGACUAUUCCUCUGGGUCCACAUAGAUCGAUGGAGAGAUUUGAAUCUGACAUCCUGGGUAACUACGUGAGCUAUGAGGGAUCACGUAAAUUGACCACGCCGUUUGAAUUUGCAUGCUACGAUGGACAUGUGGAAGCCGCCCAGGAGCUGAUGAAUCAUCACGAUUCAUCAUACCUGUGCGAUGGCUUCCUUCAUCUUGCCUCUAGGGCUGGGAAAUCACAAGUGGUGGCUGUUUUGCUGGAAAAUGAGGAAAUUAGGCUAACGAUCAACCGCCGCGACCUCAAUGGAAAUACGCCUUUAUAUCUAGCCGCUAUGCAACGGGACUAUGAAACAGUCAAACCUUUUUUGGAGCACGGAGCAGAUAUCAACUUGAGGUCCAUGAAUCUCAAGUACCCCCGCGAGCCGCCAUAUAACUUGGAAAAGGAUGAUCAAGACAAAGUAUGGCCAAGCUACUCCCCUUUACACGGGCUAGCCACUGGAAACCUCCCUCAUGUCUGGAAUGGGCCUCAAAGGUCUACGUGGAUUGAGACACUGGACCUGCUCUUGAGUUCAGGCUGUGACAUUGACGCAACAGAUCAUCGAGGGCGCACACCUCUCUUUUACUGGCCGGAGUUUCCCACUUCAAAUCACGGCUCAGAGUCCCUCGAUUUUGUCACCACUCUUCUCUAUCGUGGCGCAAAUGCUGCUUUGCUUGACUCUCAAGGAUAUUCGCCACUCUACUCCACCCAACUUACUUCAAAGAUAGCAGAGGCUCUAGUGAAAGGCGGGGCUGAUAUCAACUCUGCGAGGAACUCAGAUGGUAUGACACCCCUCAUGUUCAUGGCUCCGUGUUUAGAUCGCAUCGAGCUCUCUCUGUGGCACGAUAUGAAAGCGGAUUUCUCACAAAACAGUCACAACGGAAACACAGCUUUUCAUUACAGCUUUCGUUCACGAAUCUCUAAUGCAAACAAGAAGGAUAUAACCCCAUGGAUCAAGACUUGGUGUUCCUUUGGAGACUUGCAUGCUCGGAACAAUGCUGGUAGAACACCCCUCCUUGAAUUCUUGUUUCGACAAGGCAACGAAUUUGCUCGACAGUCGCACAGUAUUGAGAUUCUUCAAGAGUUUGUCAAAAAUGGAGCAAUGUUGGAAGAUCGAGACCUUUUGGGGCGAACGGCUCUUCUUACUACAUUGAACCACCAAGGUUUCUUUUGUUUUUCUCUCGUCGAUGAGAUCUUGCGUUUGGGUGGCGAUGCGAAAGCCGUGGAUAAUGAAGGGGGAACAGGUGAGCAAAUCAGCAAUCAAUAUGCUUGCAACAUCAGUAUUAAACAGACGUUAGCAUUGCAUUACGCCUUCAAGGCAGACCGUGAUUCCUUCAGGAUGCAUCCUGAAAGCUCUUGGUCUUUCAUCCAAAAAUUGAUCGAAUCUGGCGCGAGCAUUCAUGCAACUAAUCAUGUGGGAAACACCAUUCUUCACGAGCUUGUUGGUGUGAGUAACUGCUUUGAAGCGUGGAAAGCGCUAGAGCCCCGCGCCAAGGGACUCGCUGAUCUCGGGCUCUCUUAUCAUUCGACAAAUUGCGAAGGUCAAACUGUAUUGCAUCUGGCAGCCAGCAACAAAGUGGGAGAACUCAAGAAGAAGGAAGAGAGAGGCCAGGUGCUGGACUUUCUCCUUGAGUCUUCCAAGGGGCUCGAUAUCAACGCUCGCGAUAAUGACGGACGCACGCCUUUGCAUUUUGCAUCUUCUGGAUCAGAUAUCUACGCCUUCAUCUUGAUUCAAAAUGGCGCUAAUAUUCGAGCUGAGGAUUACAAGAAGCGCACACCUCUGCACCUCGCCGCUGAAGCAGGGCAAAGCAACAUCGUGGGUCUGAUUCUUGAGAGCUAUAAGAAGAGCCAAUGGUCAGUGAACGAGUUGUGCUCUAGCGGGCGAUCCCCAUUGCACGAGGCCUGUCGAGCGGGCUGUCAGGAAUCCGUUCAAUUCUUGCUUGAUGCUGGCGCAGACCCUCAAAUCCAGAAUGAAGACGGCCAAACACCCCUGCAUGCAACUGCGGAGUUUCUGUGUAAAAAGACUGCCAACGCAAAGCAAGACGAGUCCGUUUCAAUCGUUUCUAACGAUUGGGACGCGGUUUCCCAACCGCAACUUCCUGACCAGACUUUCAGGGACAUACGUCAAGUUGUUGCCCUACUUAUUUCUGCUGGGGGAGACCCAUCGACGAUAGACAGCAACGGUCACACGGUGUCAGAUGUGGCUGCCACUCUGGGGUGUUUUCCUGUCUUCGAAGAACUGCAAACUAUGGCUCAGUGCGACAGCAAACUCUCAACUACGCCAUAUCACUCUCCGUUGGCCUUCAUCCGCAAGCAGGCUCUUACAACCCGAACAACUGAGGCCUGGACCCUUUUGUUGAAAAAGAUUGUGUCAACAGGCGACGCACGCCUAGUUGAAGAUAUUUUGCGUACCAAUAAUCUCAAGAUUUCGGGACCCGAUGGGGAGUCCUUGAUGUCUCACAUUGCAAGUUGGGGCCUGGCAUCCAUGAUGGGCCGCAUGAUUCCUUAUGUGGAAGACCUUGCUUGCAUGGGAAGUCGGCUUUUGGAAUCUGCGACUCGCCAGCGAUCUUGCAACACUCAGAUGGUGAAGGUCCUUGUCAACGAACUGGCCGCCGUUGAAGAUGAAUCAAUUUUUGCCGCAUCAGUGAACCAUUUAGCACAGCACGAGGCAUGGUGGUACCCUCGAGCACUUUCAAUCCUCCUGGGUGCGGGUGCUGACCCCAACCUUGGAGUUCAUUCACCUCCCCUGUAUAUCUGCCUCAACUUUGGAACAUCCAAAGACAGCCGCCGAAGGUCUGAGAAGUGGAAUAUUUGGGGCGCUCAGGUACUCGAAAUUCUUCUACAAAACGGGGCUGAUCCUAAUGAAUUGAAAAUUGCCUUGGAGGCCAAAAGAGACGUCAACAUUCUGAAAAUGCUUGUUGACCACGGAGCUGAUCUAUCGAGAGGUACAGAUCUACUUUCUGUCACGCUGUGUCCCAAUGGCACCGACCCGGAAGCUCUUGAGUUCCUUCUGGAGUCGGGUGUCGACCCGAAUGGCACAGAUUCAACUCGGCCCCUAUUUUUGGCUGCCGGCCAGUACAAAUGCCAAAGGAGUGUUGAAAUUCUCGUGAAACAUGGUUCUGAUCCACAUGCUUCAAUGAAGAAUGGGCAGUCUUCUGUGUUGCAUGAGGUUUGUGAAAAGGGUGGAGUUGUGGGGCCCAUGUUAGCAAUGGGGAUUGAUAUCAACACUCUUGACGCUCAAGGCAGAACACCUCUCAUAAGAGCUUGUAUGUGCAGAGAGGAUUGGCGCACCAAGGUUGCAGAGUUGCUUCAGGCAGGCGCUCGUCCGGAUCUCGUUGACGAUGCGAACUCAACUGCAUUGCAUCAUGCUGCCCAUGUUGGGAAUGAGAGAGCCGUGAAAGAACUUUUGAAUCAUGGCGUCGAUAUCUCGCCACGAAACUCUGCCGGCGGGACACCCUUAUGCAAUGUAUUGGAAGAGCUUGCAAAGUGGUGCGGAGUGAGCUCUCCUAAGUACUUCGCAAUAAUCAAGGCCCUGCUGGAUGCUGGCGCAAACCCCCUCGAUGUGCAUCCAAAUGGCCGAGGAGCACUUCACUUCCUAGCCGUGCCCCUCAUGAAUGCCAGCAAUGAGGAUCGAGAGGAGGAGAUCCAUCAGUAUUAUGGAAAAGAUUAUUUCAGCCUAACUUCUGGGCUUUAUCAACAAUUCUUGGAGGCUGGGUGUGACCCUGAACUGCGGGACAAUAAGGGCAGAACACCAAUCUUCUACUUUGUCGACGCCAACAAAUAUCAAUUUGGGGAUUUCAUCGACCGCGGGCCCUCCCCCUUUAACCCCGAGGACUGUCAAAAGAUGUUUGCCGAGCACGACAUCCACAAGAUUGAUUACAAUGGGGAAACUCUUCUCCAUGCCAUUGCACGUCGAGAUGAUGGUGAGUGUGAUGAAUGGGACCAUAUUGAGAAGCUCUUUUCCAUGUUGGUGGAAUUGGGGCUUGAUCCGUGGAAAGAGAACAAUGAGGGACACACGCCACUGGAUUUCUCAGCAGUCCAUGACAGAUCAGAAAUUUUGGCCCUCUUUGCAAGAGAAGAUUAG